CAAGGCUGCUGGGCGAAAUCGGCGGCCGUGGACGACUACGUGCUUGUGUCCGGGGCGACGUUGGGGGUUGGAGCGUAUGUGGUUUGGCAUUGCACCAUUCAGACGUUGAAGGGGGGGAACUUGGUGAUUCGGAAGAGGUACUCGGAAUUCGACCAGUUGCGUCUCGACCUCGUGCGCUCGUUCCCUCAUGCGGAAGCGAUGAUUCCCAAGCUGCCGCGCAAGAGCGUGGUCAGUCGCUUCCGGCCGGAGUUUCUGGAGUCGAGAGGGGCGGGCCUCUCUCACUUUCUCAACUGUGUAUUACUGAACCCCGAGUUUGCUGCAUCACCGGUCCUAAAAGGCUUCAUCUUUGCUUAG